AUGGAAACGCUAGCCACCACCGCCGGCGUCGUCUCUUUGCCGAUUUUCUCACCGAACAAGGCCAAGGUCGCUCCUUCCUGGCGGAUCGUCCGAUUCUCCACUUCCCCCAAAAGUAGCAGCGAUGACCGGAAUAACAGUGACAACGAUCUCAAGUCCGAUCCUGCUAACUCAGCCCUCGAUGCUGCGAUGGGGCUGGUUCUUAGUGCGGCAAACGUGAGAGGAUGGACAACCGGGUCGGGUAUGGAAGGCCCAACGGUCCCAGCGGGUACGGGUUCUGAAUCCGGUAUGGCGCGGGUGUCUACUUUCCCCUGGUCGCUCUUCACCAAAUCCCCGCGCCGUCGGAUGCGCGUGGCCUUCACGUGCAACGUUUGCGGCCAGCGCACCACUCGGGCCAUCAACCCCCAUGCGUAUACGGAUGGCACUGUAUUUGUUCAGUGUUGCGGUUGCAAUAUAUUUCAUAAGCUGGUGGACAAUCUGAAUCUGUUCCACGAGAUGAAGUGCUACGUGAAUUCGAGUUUCAAUCCAAAUCCAAAUGAUAACAUGAGUUUCAAGUACUUCGAUUCAGACGAGGACAACAAGGACGACAUUUUCCCGCAUUUCUGA